AUGGAGGAGGGGGAAAGGAGCCCCCUGCUGUCCCAGGAUGCUGGGGGUCAGGAACCACCCCUCGCCGGGAGCAGCCCCCUCACUUCACGUCACCCAGGGCCAGCACCCUGGGAGGACCAGGCCCGGAGGGCAGGCCUUGGGGGGGUCCUGGCCUGCUGCUUCCCCUGGGGAAGCAGCUGCCUCAAGUGCCUGAUCUUCCUGUCCAACUUCAUCUUCUCUCUGCUCAGCCUGCUGGCCCUGGCCAUCGGGCUCUGGGGCCUGGCCGUCAAGGGGUCUCUGGGGAGUAGUUGGGGGCACCCCCUGCCCGCAGACCCCAUGCUGGGGCUGGUGCUGGGCGGGCUGGCGUUCAGUGCGGUGAGCCUGGCAGGCUGCCUGGGCGCCCUCUGCGAGAACGCCUUUCUGCUGCGCUGCUUCUCUGGGGGCAUCCUCGCCUUUCUGGUGCUAGAGGCCGUGGCAGGGGCCCUGGUGGUGACCUUCUGGGGCCAGUUACAGGAUGACCUGGAGCACGUCCUACGUAUGGCCAUCACCCACUACCAAGACGACCCAGACUUGUGCUUCCUCAUUGACCAAGUUCAGCUCGGGCUGCAGUGCUGCGGGGUGGCCUCCUACCAGGACUGGCAGUGGAACCUGUACUUUAACUGCAGCUCCCCUGGGGUCCAGGCCUGCAGCCUUCCUGCCUCCUGCUGUAUCGACCCCUGGGAAGAUGGAGCCUCAGUCAAUGACCAGUGUGGCUUCGGGGCCCUGGGCCUGGAUGAGGACGCGGCCCAGAGGGUGGUGCACUUGGAGGGCUGCGGCCCCCCACUCCUCCAGUGGCUGCACAGCAACAUCUGGGCUGCAGGUGGCUAUGCCAUCGUGGUCGUGGUGGUCCAGGGGGCAGAGCUCCUGCUGGCCACCCAGCUGGUGAGGGCCCUGGCUGUCCACAAGAGGGCAGCAGAGAGCCUCCUCCACCUGCUGGCCUCUGGCGCCCCAGGGUCCCCUUUCCCCCACACUGCCCACUUGCUUGCAAACGCUGCCAUGGUCCGAGUGUAA